AGCUUCAUUAAACCCAUUAACCGAGCGAAACCCGAGUAAAACCCUCAUUAUAAUCAUCCCUGCCCCAGUCCCUGCAUAUAGCACCCAAUUCACUGAUCAUCAACAACUUACCAGAAACUCGCUCGCUCGUUUUCUCUCAUUUCGAAUCAUGCACCGCCUCUCCAGGCGCUACGUUUCCGCUGCCCGCCGUGCCCCUACUUCUCGUUACCGCAACGCCUCGGCAGCUUCAAUCUCCUCCUCUACUCUUGUUUUUGACUCGGCAGUGGGGAGUGAUAAUAACACCUGGUACUCGGCAAUAACUAGAGGGAAGUGUGACACGGCCAGACAUUCGGCUCACUUGAACUUGAAAAGUGGUUUGUUUUUGGGCAGCAGAUGUAAGUCAACUGCGGCAGCAUCUGAUUCGUCAAAUCCACCUCCUCCUCCAGCUGAGAAAUAUGAGUAUCAAGCUGAGGUUAGUCGACUCAUGGAUCUUAUCGUCAACAGCUUGUACAGCAACAAAGAGGUGUUUCUUAGGGAGCUUAUCAGCAAUGCAAGUGAUGCUUUGGACAAGCUGCGGUAUCUAAGUGUUACAGAUCCGCAGCUUUUAAAGGAUGCUGUUGAUCUUGACAUCCGUAUCCAAACUGACAAAGACAAUGGGAUAAUAACUAUUACUGACUCAGGCAUCGGUAUGACUCGACAAGAACUUGUAGAUGGUCUUGGUACAAUUGCACAGAGUGGAACUGCAAAGUUCUUGAAGGCUGUGAAGGAAAGCAAGGAUGCUGGUACUGACAACAAUUUGAUCGGUCAGUUUGGUGUUGGCUUUUAUUCAGCAUUUCUGGUUUCUGAUAAGGUUGUUGUCUCAACAAAGAGUCCAAAAUCUGAUAGACAAUAUAUAUGGGAAGGAGAGGCAAAUGUGAGCUCCUAUACUAUUCGGGAGGAGACAAACCCAGAAAAUCUCAUUCCUAGAGGAACACGCCUUACAUUGUAUCUGAAGCGUGAUGACAAAGGCUUUGCCCAUCCUGAACGGAUCCAAAAGCUUGUGAAGAACUAUUCACAGUUUGUUUCAUUCCCAAUUUACACUUGGCAGGAGAAGGGAAUCACUAAAGAGGUUGAAGUUGAUGAGGACCCAGUUGAAGCCAAAGAGGCUGAUCAAGAUGAAAAGAUUGAGAAGAAGAAGAAGAAUACAAAAAAAGUUGUUGAGAGGUUCUGGGAUUGGGAGCUCACAAAUGAGACUCAACCAAUUUGGCUUCGCAAUCCUAAGGAGGUGACAACAGAGGAGUACAAUGAGUUCUACAAGAAAACUUUUAAUGAAUACUCAGAUCCUUUAGCAUCAUCACACUUCACAACUGAGGGGGAGGUGGAGUUUCGUUCUAUACUCUAUGUUCCAGCCGUUUCUCCUAUGGGAAAGGAUGACAUAAUUAAUCCCAAGACAAAGAAUAUAAGACUCUAUGUUAAAAGGGUCUUCAUUUCAGAUGAUUUUGAUGGAGAACUGUUUCCUCGAUAUCUAAGCUUCGUCAAGGGUGUUGUGGACUCAAAUGACCUUCCGCUCAAUGUCUCACGUGAGAUUCUUCAAGAAAGUCGUAUUGUGCGAAUCAUGAGGAAACGUUUGGUCCGAAAAGCGUUUGACAUGAUUCUGGGAAUAUCAAUGAGUGAAAAUAAAGGAGAUUAUGAGACAUUUUGGGAGAAUUUUGGAAGACAUUUGAAAAUGGGAUGCAUAGAAGAUCGUGAAAAUCACAAGCGUCUUGCACCAUUGCUUAGAUUCUUCUCUUCCCAAAGUGAGGAUGAGAUGAUUAGCUUGGAUGAGUAUGUUGAGAACAUGAAACCUGAGCAGAAGGAUAUCUAUUACAUUGCUUCUGACAGUGUGAGCAGCGCUCGGAAUGCACCUUUCCUGGAGAGACUUCUUGAGAAGGAUCUUGAAGUGCUCUAUUUGGUAGAUCCCAUUGAUGAGGUUGCCAUUCAAAAUCUGAAAUCUUACAAGGAGAAGAAUUUUGUAGACAUUAGCAAAGAAGAUUUGGAUUUAGGUGAUAAGAAUGAGGAAAAGGAGAAAGUAACCAAAGAGGAAUUUGGCAAAACUUGCGAUUGGAUUAAGAAACGUUUGGGUGAAAAAGUUGCCGGUGUUCAAAUCUCAAACCGUCUGAGUUCAUCGCCCUGUGUUUUGGUAUCUGGGAAGUUUGGUUGGUCUGCCAACAUGGAGAGACUAAUGAAGGCACAAACUGUUGGUGAUACCUCUACUUUGGAGUUCAUGAAGGGGAGAAGGGUGUUUGAGAUCAAUCCUGAGCAUCCAAUUAUUAGAGAAUUGAAUGCUGCAUACAAGAGUAACCCUGAUGACGAAGAUGCCUUGAGAGCUAUAGAUCUUUUAUAUGAUGCAGCACUUGUUUCUAGUGGUUACACUCCUGACAAUCCAGCACAGCUCAGUGGUAAGAUAUAUGAGAUGAUGGGAACGGCUAUUUCAGGUAAAUGGUCAACAUCUGGUGUCCAGGAUACAGUAUUGCAGUCUCCCCGUGUAGAGGUAUUGGACGCGGAGGUGGUUGAGCCAAUUCAAGCUGAUGGUCAGAAAUGACAAGUGCAUGGUUUGUUUUAAAGUUGUUCCAUUUGCACAUACCAUAUAUUCAGCAAAUAUUGAGAGGGCUUCGUCAACAUGUACCAGAUAUAUUUUGGAUGCAGUGAUAAGUUGAAUGCCAUUGACAGUUUGUGUAGAACUGAGUUGGACAAAUUGCGCUCCUUUUGCUCUCUCUUGGCUAUUCUACAGCUGUUGAGCUUUAUGUUAUUGUUUCAUGAUAUGUAUGCAAGAAAAACUAAAUGAGAAAUAGAUUAACUUGCUUCUUUUUUUUAUUUGUUUUGCUGGAAGGGGACGGAUUAAUAGCAAAGAGAUUAACUCCUAUCAUGUGGUAUAUUAGUAAUUAAUUAUCAUAAUAAUCAUAUUGGGAAAUGUUAACGUAUAUCUAUUGACAAUGAUAAGUUUU